AUGUCGGACGUACUCGCACUUCACUUCUUGUUCCUGGUCAAGAAUGAAGGCAGCUGGAAGGAGAUCGGCAACUCGAUAUCAAUGUUUGGUAUUGUGAACGCGCAGAUCGUGUUCAUUCCACUGCUUUUCCUGUUGGCUGGAGCUUUCGUCCGAGAUCUGGCAAAAGUCACCGAUGCUCAAGUGUUUCACGACAAGAAACAUCAGUAG